UAUGCGUGAUCGCUUAUACUAAGAACAAGGUUUGCAUUUAUAUUUCCAUCGGAUUAAAAAUAUAUAUUGAAUCUUGAUUCUUAUAUUAAAUUAUUUUGUUCAUUUAAUAAGAUUUAUAAAAUCAAGCACCAUUCCAUAAUUUUAAUUUAAUUACAAACAGGCAACAUUUUCUUCACUCAAGAAAAUAAAUUCAUUCAUAUUUCAUUUUGACUGAUUCAAUUUCAUAUUCAUUCUUUCAUUCGUGGUUUGUUCUGAAUGUCAUAUUUUCCGUGGCGCGUUUAUACUGCAGAAUUAUUAUGAUUUAAUUAGUGUAACGACUGUAUUAGUUGCAAUGCGUUAAAAUUCGUGCGCACUUUCAUCAAAUAUACAAGAACUACAGUACUGGUGAGCACGGAAUACGUUUGAGGAGUGUUUACCAAACGUAUAGGUUAUGUUAGUAUCACAUCCAUAUUUUACCGCUAAUAUAUAUUUAAAAUGAGUGACGGAGACUCUAGUAAUAAUUGUCGGGUUAUAGCAAUACCAUGCCCAUUUAUAAAGCGGAAAGUGGAGUGCGCUGGCGCGGCAUUCCUAAGAUAUUACAGCAUAAAGUGUCAUGGUGAGGAUGCUUUGUUUAGUACUUCCAACUCCAAGGAGAAGACUGAAGAAGUUAUCUUCGACGAUGAUGUUGAGUAUUUACGGAGCUUAGACCCCAAGGACUGGAAGAACCAAGACCAUUAUGCUGUACUAGGUAUGAAAAAUCUUCGUAAUAACGCUACCGAUGAAGAUAUUAAACGAGCGUAUAGGCAGAAAGUGUUGAAGCACCACCCUGACAAACGUAAAGGUUUAGGUGAAGAGGUUCGCAGUGACGACGACUACUUUACGUGCAUCACUAAGGCCUAUGAAAUCCUCGGAACUCCUAUGAAAAGGAGAUCAUAUGACUCAGUCGAUCCUAUGGUUGAUGAUUCAAUACCUUCGGCAUCAGAGAUUAAAAAGGAGGGUUUCUUUAAGGCAUUUGGUAAGUAUUUUGAAAUUAAUGCACGGUGGUCAGAAAAAAGACAUGUGCCUUUAUUAGGAGAUGAGAAUAGUCCUCGAGAGCAGGUGGAGAAAUUCUAUGCUUUCUGGUAUGAGUUUGACUCGUGGCGAGAGUUCUCAUACUUGGACGAGGAAGAGAAGGAGAGGGGAGCUGAUCGUGAAGAGCGAAGGUGGAUAGAAAAGCAGAAUAAGGCAGCGCGAGCUAAGCUAAAAAAAGAGGAAAUGGCAAGAAUAAGGAGCUUAGUGGAUCUGGCAUAUGCAAAUGAUCCUAGAAUUCAGCGAUUCAAGCAAGAGGAUAAAGAUAAGAAGUUAGCUGCUAAGCGCGCCAGACAAGAUGCUGUACAAGCAAAGAGGGCUGAGGAGGAGCGCCUUAUUAAAGAGGCACAAGCAGCAAAACAGAAAGCAGAAGAGGCUGAGAAGGCCAGGCUGGAAGCAGCCAGGGCUGAACGAGAACAGAUGAAGAAGAAUCUUCGCAAGGAACGUAAAGCACUUAGAGACAUAUGCAAGGCAAACAACUACUAUUCAGAGACUGAAGACGAAACUGUAUCCCACAUGGCUUCCGUUGAAAAGAUUUGUGAAAUGAUGAAAGUUGUAGAACUCCAGGACUUCAUGAAGGACCUAGAAACGAAUGGUAGGAAUGCAUUUUUAAAGACGGUUAGAGAAACAGAGGAAAAGUUGGAGGCUGAGCGUCGAGCUUUGUUCGAAACAAAGAAAGUAGAGGAGCAGAAAAUUAAAAAGGAAUCUGCAGUACGUGCACCCAUAGAAUGGUCAGUGGAGCAGACACAGCUGCUAAUAAAGGCUGUCAACUUGUUUCCUGCUGGCACCAAUCAAAGAUGGGAAGUAGUGGCCAACUUCCUUAAUCAGCAUAGUACGUUUACCGACGAGAAGAGAUUUGCUGCAAAAGAUGUCCUAAACAAAGCUAAAGACUUGCAAAGUUCUGAUUUCUCGAAGAGCAGUCUUAAAAAGGCAGCUAAUGAGGAAGCGUUUGAUACUUUCGAAAAGGAGAAGAAGAAAACUGUCAGUAAUGUUGAUGACAAUAGUAUAUCCAGGAAUGAUAGUGGAGUUAAACUAGUUAACGGCACUGCUAAACUUAAAGAGGAAGCAUCUAAACCGGAACCCUCCAAAGAAGAGAGGCAGUGGACAAAGACAGAGCAGGAAUUGUUAGAGCAGGCUAUAAAAACGUUCCCAGUCAGCACUCCCGAGAGGUGGGACAAGAUAGCCGACUGCAUCCCUAACCGUACCAAAAAAGACUGCAUGAAGAGAUAUAAGGAGUUAGUCGAGUUAGUUAAAGCAAAGAAACAAGCCGCUAACCUAUCUAAAUAGCAUUGAAUUACAAAUUAGUUGUAUAAUAAAUUGUAAAACAUAUUUUUAUGGGAUAAAGUUAUCCACAGUAAACAUCCGUUGGACCAUUGGUACAUUAAAAUAUUAUGCACUUUAUAGAGUACCUUCUAAACAAUACUGCCUUAAAAACCACUUGUAUAGAAUUUGUAUGCACUUAGAACUACCUAAAUAAAAUAGUUUUAUUUAAUUUUAACUCCCAUAAUAACAGUUAUGUUUUGCAUUUAAAUAAUUUUACUUUAACUGAAAGGAAUGUAAUUGUGCUCUUAAUCAAAUAGGUAAAAAUUUUUUUUUAUCCAAAGGAAGGUGUUUAGAUCCUUUAUCAAUAAUUUGAUUGAUAAAAGUUCUGAAAUUUUGAAAGAUCAGUUUGUAAUUGCAUUGUAGGCUUUUUAGAUUUUAUUUAUUCUUAUAUUACAUAUCGAUUGAAGGUUAUUAAAAAUACUGCACCCAGCGAUUUAAUUCAUAAUUUAAAAAUAUUCUCCAACCGGUAAUGGACCUGCAUCUAACUAGCAUCUAACUAUACAAUCGAUAAAGUGAACAAAAUUAUGCUUUUUUACAUUAUUGUUGUUGUGUAAUAAAUUAAAAUUUUGUUACAUUGAGUCGAACAGUAUAAAAACAGUAAUAAAUGUAAAUAAACCAUAUACUUUAGACUAUAUAAAUAUAUGAUUUUGAAUAUCCCUUAACACGUUAGCUGUUUCUUGCUAAUAUUCCAGCAAAACGGAUUUGGUGAUUUGACAAUCGUUUUGCAAUAAAACAUUGUGUAUGACACAUUUUGAUUAAAAACUCCUUAAUAUCUUAGCUGACAGACUAGGAAGCGUAACACCUUAAUCCUCAGGAAUGGCAACGCAUCAGGGAUAUUACGUAUGCAUCAGUACAUUAGCUCAUUUGUCAUUUAUUGAUAUCUGAAAUACUAAUAAAAACCUGAUAAAAACAUCAAUAAAAUUCAAUGGAAACAGUGAAAUGUGGUUGAUAUUAUUAGAUCAGACCAGAAAAUAGAUAGAUAAAUUAUUAAUUCACCAUUACAAGCACAUAAUUAAUGAAUUUAUAAGCGAAACAAAAAAAUUGUUGGUUGUUUUAUGUGCCUCUACGGUGUAAAGGCAACCAACUCAGCGUUAAGAGGCGCAGUGCCCGAAGCGCUGAAUUUCUGAUAGUACCUUAUAGUAUAAAAUAGUUUGUACUUACACAGUAAUGAAAACAUAACUUUAAUUCAGCCUAGUCUUAUGUUUGGAUCUGUAAAAUCUAUCGCUGUCCUCCAUUAGACCACUUUCUCAAAGAUUAUCCAUCAGAAAUUUUAACUUGAAAGCCAAGAUCAAAGGUUGCACUGUUAUACUGUAUUUAUUUAUUUCUGUGGUCUUUCUGUCUCCCACCAAAUUGUUUAUAAUUACUCCUCUCCAUCCAAAGGUUGCCUGCAAGAGAUCGCUCUUAGCGAUAAGGUCGCCCAUUGUUUUCUCAUUGUGAUCAUUUCUUGUAAUUGUUUAUAUUUAUAAUAAGUUUACUAUUGUAAUCUAUUGGAGGAAACAAUAAAGAGUAUCUAUCUGUUUACAUUAACAGAUUACAAACAAAUCUUUUAACAAUAUAAUACAACAAUAGCAUUAUAAGUUUGCAAUCCAAUUAUAGUUUAUUUAUUUUUAUUUAUUUAUUUAUUUACACAUACACUAAACAAACCUUUCAUUUAAAUAAUAUCAUUAGUUAAAUACAAUCGCUCUUUAAGAAAAAAUAAUAAAAAUUAUACAUAUUACAUGUAACAAAACAACAUAAUAAUGAAGAUAACACAAUUUUUAAUAACAUUACUAUUUUACUUUUAAUUUAGAAUAAAAAGAAAAACAUAUAAAAAACAAAACUAUAUAGUUGUACUCAACAUUCACAGAGAGAAACAGAAUAGAUUGAUUUUUAAUACAAAAAGAAUGUUAAUGAAUGGUAUCAUCUAAAACCCUUCUUUAAGCUCUCUGGUACUUUUACUCGCUGGUUGCAGUAUUCUUUAACACAAGGCGUCUCAUCAAGCAGGCAGGUCGUUUUCAAAGAAUUACUGCUCUUAACUUUUCUUGAAAUUCGUGCUUCCAAGAAUGCGAUGGAAUCGUAUGGUAUAACGUUCAGGGAAGUUAAAAUAGUCACUUUACACCAUUCAUUUUAGUAUACCUAACUAGUUAGUACAGUUUUAUAUCUACAUCAGACGGGUCAUCGCGGAUCCACCGUUUGGGCACGUUGGCAUGACCACAAUUUUAAUAUACUUGUGACAUCACCCUUGGUCUACUGAGAGCACUUAGACUCUGUACAAAAGUCGAUUGCUUGGGCACCUCUGUCCCAUUCGUGUUUCAACCGUGAAGCAGUUGUGUUUGCAUGGCUGUGUUUCGGUUUGAAGGGUAGGAUAUGGUGUGAAUUUACAGGGUACAGAGGAAUAACACCUGAGUCCUCAGGAAUGGCAAUGCAUGGGGGGUAUCAUGGGAUCAUAAUCUUCUAUCGACAUAUUUUUUUAAUAGAAUGUAUAAUUCCCACGUCCACGAAUACCUGUGUUAAACGAUGGGAUUGAAAUUGCAUAAUAUGACAACGCGAUAUAAAAGUCCCCCCCCUCCCCCCCGUGGGGGGAUUACUGUAUACUAAUCAUGAGCGAGUUUAUACUCCGAUUUGUACUUGGUCGAUUUUCGGAUGGCCGUGAUCACAACCUUUUUUGAAGCCUGGGACGGGUUAUAUGAAAUCGUAAGUGGCAAUUUUAACGUCUCUGUGUUUGCCUAUAUUAUUCUGUAUUUACUCUGAUUGAUUUAUUACAUUCUACUCUAUAUAAAAUGUCAAAAUUACCUUUCAAAAUUGGCCUUGAAACUAAAAGAAUAGUUUUUAUUUGUAACAUACCUAUUUUUGUAUUUAUUUUUUUGUUUAUUGUGAUAAAUAUAGUCAAUUUGCAAACUA